AUGUCGGAAAAAGAUGAUGGCUCAUGUAACUCAGAGGUCACAAACACUACCGAAAGACUUGCGAAACUACGUUCCUUAUUGAAGAAUGAAAAAUACAAUUUAACAGCUUAUGUGAUCCCAUCGGAGGACGCUCAUCAGAGCGAGUAUACAGCAGAAUGUGAUGCUCGCAGGGCGUUUAUCUCAGGAUUUACGGGCUCUGCAGGAUUGGCUGUGGUUUCCGCGGAUAGCGCGGCGCUUUUCACCGAUGGACGAUACUUCCUCCAAGCAAGCAAGCAGUUGGAUCAUAAUUGGACAUUGAUGAAACAGGGUUUGCCGGAUGUUCCCACCUGGCAAGAGUAUUUACAGAACCUUCCCAAAGGUUCGAAAAUUGGAAUUGAUCCGACAUUAAUUACAGCCCCCGAUGCCAGAACAUUAUCCGAAUCUCUGGGGAGGAAUGGGUCAUCAUUGGUGCCCACAGAUGAAAAUUUGGUGGAUUUGGUAUGGGGGGACGCGAGACCACCUCGUCCUACCAAUCCAUUGAUUGUCUUAGAAGAACGUUACACGGGAAAACCAUAUAAGGAAAAAAUUGCGAAUCUCCGAGAAGAGCUUGCCAAAGAAAAGCGUUACGGUUUUGUCGUUUCCGCUCUCGACGAAAUUGCUUGUCAGUUUAAUAUCUUCUCUCUUUUUCCAAAUGUCCGUUUAGUCACCGUCGCAUUUGAUAAUUUACAAAUUAUGAAAUAUGACUUUACAGGGCUUUUUAAUCUUCGAGGAUCUGACGUAAAAUUCAACCCG